UUAUCUCAAUUAACUACACCUACUUAUCGUUGUUGUCGACAAUCCCUAUAUAUGUGAGCCACGACGAGCCCCAGGAAUGUGUACGCUCACUCGGAUCGAACCCCCUUCACGAGAAACUCGCUUGUCGCCAUGAAUCGUUCGCACACCGACCCUCCGCAGAUGGGAAUCAGCCCCAUCGAACCAGUCACUUCUCCGCAGGUCAUGGGAGACGAGAAGGCUCCAAUCGAUGGUCACAUCGACCAGAACACGGGCGUCAUCGUCGCUAAGAAGUCCGGGGCCGAACGAAAGCACGUCGCUAGGCUCGACGCUAUCUUCAUGGUCUACGCUGCUGUCGCUCAGGUCUUGAAAUAUCUUGAUCAGCAGAAUAUUCAAAAUGCCUACGUCAGUGGUAUGAAGGAGGAUCUGCACCUCCUUGGCAACGAGUAUAACUAUUUCAUCACGUCGUUCAACGUCGGCUACGCUUUGUUCCUUAUCCCAUCGCAAAUCAUCAUUACUCGGGUCAGACCGUCUUGGUGGCUUUCCGGGCUCGAGUUUUGCUGGGGCGUACUUACCAUCGGGUUAUGCUUCGUGAAGAACGCCAAGCAGGUGUAUGCGCUCCGAGCAUUUAUUGGUGCCUUUGAGGCUUCGUGUUAUCCCGGUGCUCUGACACUUUUGAUGUCCUGGUAUACUCCCCGAGAAAUCGCUUUCCGGAUUGGUAUUUAUACAAGUUGCCAAUUCUUUGGAGCCAUGCUGUCGGGCGCCCUCCAAGCUUCCAUCUCUGCUACUAUGCACAACCGAGGUGGACUCUCUGGUUGGAGGUGGAUGUUUCUUAUUGAUGGACUCAUGACCGUCAUCUGGGCCGUGCUCGGUCUUUUCUUCAUCCCCGACUACCCCAAUAAACCAAAUCCGUGGGCUCGAUUCUGGCUAACUCCGCACCACGUCCAAAUGGCCCAAGAGCGAAUGCACCGCUUCUGUCGGGCUAGCAACAAGCAUUUCACUUUCGCCACCGUUAAGCGAACAGUGGCACUACCGGUGUUCUGGAUGUUCAUCAUCUUCUACCCGGCCUGCGUUAUCGGGAACCAGGCCUACAAUUACUUUGGACUGUACCUUAAGUCCCUGGUGGACGCCAAUGGAGAGAAAGUGUGGAGCACGAGCGCCGUCAACUCGAUUCCCAUCGGUGGCUUAGCUAUUGGAGUUGCCACGACCUGGAUAUUCCCGGCUUUGUCCGAUUACUUCCAGACCCGAUGGCUUAUAAUGCUUCCUGAGCUGCUUUGGUGCCUCCUCCCCGCGACCAUCCUCACCAUUUGGCAUGUCCCAGAGAAUGUCAGGUAUUUCGCAUGGUUCGCCACAUACCUUACCAUGUCCCUCCCGGGAGUCAUCCUCGCUUGGCUCUCCGACUUGACCCCUCACGAUGCUGAGGCUAGAUCUUUCUGCAUCGGAUUCGGAAUCGCCUUCUUCUACGCCGUUGGCGCUUGGUCCAACAUCCUCGUCUGGCCCGCCUCAACCGCACCUCGCUUCCCUACUGCUUGGCCCACCACUAUUGGUCUGAUCGUUAUGGCCAUCUGCUUGUUGCUCUUCUUCCGCUACGUGGAGCUCAAGUGGAUCCGGCCACAAAACACUCGAAUUGCGGAGGAGAAGGCUCGAGAGGAGGCACACGCGCAGGCAUUGGGUGCACGUGGGAUGGAGGAGGGGAGAACCGAAGGAGGGAAAACCGACGAGUUCGUUCAAGUGAAGGAUGUUUGAUUGAGGUGUACCUUGGCGACAAACAGGUCUGAAACGUUGGAAUUCUUCGCGCAUUGCAGUUGGUGGCGAAAGUCUCGGGACUUAAUUUUUAAUUACUUGGCUGUAAAUUCUAACAGAUGGUAACAUCAUGGAUACUUCAAUUCAUC